AUGCUUUUUUGUAGUAAAAAUUCUGAAGAGACAUACCACAAUGUAAUAAACAGCUUGCUAUAUGAAAUUAAGAAUUUAAAACUAGAUGACAAAUAUUAUUUCCUUAUAAAACAGAAACAAUUACAUUGUCCUUUAUUUUCAUUAUGUAAAUUAAAUUUCAGAGAAGAUCCUAUAAUAGUGAAUAUAAAUAAAGAUACAAAAGAAGAUGAAGCAUUUAAUUUAAUAUAUCAUAAUAAAAAAAUUUUAGAUAAGAAAAAAAAGAAAAAAAAAAAAGAAGAGGAACUAAUAAAAAAUUUAACAACAGGUGAUAAUAUUAUUCAAGAUGAAGAACUUAUAGAUAAGUUAUCAAGCUUAUUAAAAUUAAAUCAUGAUACAAAUAUAAUUAUUGAUAAUGAGAAAAAUUAUGAUUCAUUAUAUAAAUAUUAUUCAUUUUAUGAUGAUGCAUUUAAUACUAGUCUUUAUUAUAUACAAGAUGAUUAUGAUCUUUUAUUAAAUAAACAUGUGAAUGGUCUAUAUAUUUUAUCUAUAAGCAAAUAUAGUAAUAUCUUAAAAAAUAUUUUAAGUGACAUAAUAAAUAAUAUAAACAAUGAUGAAUAUAAUUUAAAAGAUCUUAUUAAACAAUAUGUGCAAAUAAUAUAUGAUCCUAGACUUAUUAAUGCAGAUACAUCUGGAAAAAGAAAAACAAAAACAAUAUUUAUAAAUGAUGACAUGACUAUAUUAAAUAUUAUUUAUAAAAAUAAUAUAUAUAAAAUUAAAUCAAAAAUAAAAGGAUAUCAUUAUGAUAUUAAUAAUAAUAUUAUAUAUAAUCCGUAUUUGUUAUUUUAUAAUACACAAGAUGAAGGAUGGUUGAUUAUUAUAAAAAAUAAAAAUACAGAUUUAACCAAAUUUAUAGAAACAACAGAUUAUUAUGAUAAAAAAAAAUUAUCUAUAGAACAAUAUGAUGAACUUAUAAAAAAAAAAAAAAAAACAAAAAAAGAAACAAAUCUAUAA